UACAAUCAUGAACAGUCACGCCAGAGGUACGGUAUACCAGGUACCAUGUACCGGUACCGCAUUGAGGUCAGACAAUCCAGUCUACGAAAUGACAACCAUGUUCACCUUUUUAAUGCCUGGCUUUAUUUUUUGCAAAAAGAUUUACACAAGAACUUAAUUUUUUUAACACGCCUGCAAUUAAAUAGGGUACGGUACCGUGCCCGGUAUUUGAUGGCUGGAUUGAAUUAUGAAUUUCUAUCCUAUUCAUGUCAUCAUUCUUAGGUUCUUGCUUCUUGUUGUUCGACAGUACAGCAGUGUGACAAAGUUAGGAACUUGCGUUAAAUCAUGUAUCUGUACGGUACCGGUAACUGUAUAAAUAAAUGCAUAUGUUUAUGACUAGCCACCACUCACGCAACCGCUUGUCGGUUACAGCUUCCUUCAUUGUCAAGUCCAUGCUCAAUGGAAUGACAGAAUGAUAACCAGACGAGAGGCCGUGGUUCGCCAUAUGGCUGUAUGGGAAUUUGUAAGCACUGAAAUAUCUACCUGCCUACUUCAUAAUUUAAGUCCUCUAAUGAACCAGCAUUUGCCACAUGAGAAUGGUGGACAAAAUAAGUGUCGAUUCAGUAAGCAAAAUAUCUGGUCAACAGCGGCAGGAAGACUGCGAAAUAGGGAAAUAUUUGGGGUCUGUAACAUGAGCCGUAGGUCUCGACAUGAUAAUUUCAAAAAGAAAGUUUUUACACGUCUUCCAAAGCGUCUAGCUAUGCCUUUGACAUCUUUAGUGGAUGAUGUAACAUUGCAGGAUGAAGCCCAUAUAUUCUUGGGAUUCAGUAGCUGUGACAGAUUUCUGAUUUCAUACACUGAAAGAAUAGAAGAAGCCAGUCAUACUGGAUUUCUUUCACAUAUUUAUACAUUGCAUUGGUGGCUUUUUAACCCUGGAAUGAAAGCAUCAAAGAUUGGAUCAGUUCGUCUCUUUUCAAAUGAGGAAAUUGAAUACUCUCUGUAUUUGUGCUAUGCAGAGUGGCCGAAUUUGAAGUCACAAGUAAUUGUCUAUGGUUGGAGGAAAUUCUCGGAGAGUUGUUACAUCUCUAUUGUUGCUGUUCCUCCCACCGAACCAUGCAAGCUAUGCAAUUUUCUCUGUACUAACUCAAAUAGCGAAAUUGAAGAACAGACUGAUGUAAUGAGUCAUAAUCGAUGCACAGAGCAUGGCUUUGCUAUGCAUUUCAAACAAGCUUCUGGGGCAUCACAACUUGGUGUUUUAAACACGAGCAGCUUGAAAAUUGACGGGAUCAUGAUUUUGAACAUUGGCCAUUCAAUUGCUGUAAUUAGCACUGGGAUUGUUUCAGAAGAUUUAGAUGUUGAGCUUUUACCACUAAGUUCAAUAAAAAGAGCAGCUUGUGAAGACAGCAUAACAGACAAUGAGUUGACUGAAGUUGUUGAUAAUGUAAUACUCACCGAAGACACCUUUACCAAUAGUGAACCUGGACGAUUUGAAUCAAAAGAAAAGCAAUGCAAACUUCAAAAUGAACUUAAAAUUUAUGCCAGACCAGAAAGGUCUGUUCCACCUGACAAACUUUUGUCAGCCAAAUCAGCUUUGUUUGUGCCACAUGAAAAUUCUUCACCAUCAGCAAACAGACUUAUCAAGACAUCUGUUUAUGAUAUUGACAGCGAUGAUUCUGAUAGUUUUGAACGUAUUUCACUUCACAUUGCAAAAGUAGAAAAUAAGGAAAAUAUUGCAAAAUGUACUUGUUGCAGAUCUGUUACUACGCAAUGUCAACAGUUAGAGUUUGAAAUGUCACUUAGCAGUGAUCCCUAUUUUGAUCCAGAGCCCAAAAGCAUUGUGCUUGGCAAGAAAUCGCGAAUAACUGAUACAAAAUCUUCUCGCACAGAUGUAAAACGUCUGGCUGAUGGAUGUUGUGGGAGCAGUCUUGAAAAGCAACCAACUAAACCAAACUAUUCAAAAUGUUCAUGCAAGCCAUACUUGAACAACCAAGCCAAAGUUACCUCACAUUUCAAUAACUGUGAUUGCGACUGUGCCAAAUACUCAGAAUAUGGUGAUUCUGCAAAAUAUUCUUUAUCCUUCUCAUCUUCUAUGCAUGUGAGUGAUUUGGACAACUGUGUGAAUUCUAGUGCAAGUCCUGCAAUAAAAACGUCCAAAACUACAUUUUUGUCUCCAUCAACUAAGUCUACCAUCUUAGGCAUUUCCAACAUAAAUAAAAGUCAGAAUAACUUAGAGUUACCUCGAUCGGAAUUGAAUUUUGUUACACCGAGUCCUACUCCCAGUGAAUGCAGUAGCAGCAUCCAUUGUUCGACAGAUUCUAAUCAUUUUCAGUCAAGCAAUAAAAACAUUGAUGGUGGUAAGAAUUCUGAUGGACUGGUUUCAUUUUCUGAAUGCUUGUAUGGCUCGAUACCCUUAGAAAAUAUAGAUGAUCCUUUGUCGGCCAGUGAAAACAACUUAUUUUACUGUUCUAUGUUUUGUCAAGGCUCGGGAGGAGAGGUUUUGCAUCCAGUUAAGAAAGGUCUGGGGCUUGUUCAAGCUUUCAGUCAGCAUUUAGUGCUUGAUUUAGAACAUGUUAUCUUUGAUAUUUUGCGCACAAGAUGUUAUAUGACCUAUAAAUUUGGCUAUCUUGUUGACUACGAAGCCAACGUUAUGGAUGUUUGCAGUGACACAAAAUCAGUUGUUAUUCACAUAGUGGCCUUACUUAAUGUAGCAAAACACAGAAACAAAACAAUAUCGGAGAUCGUAUCAAGUACAGAAAAUGUUGGAUCAACUUUACAACAAGCAGAAUUUAUUUUAUGUUGGAGUCUGCACACCGGUCGAUAUGAGGUUGUGGUAGCAAGACCUAUAAAACCAUAUAAUGAAAAAGAACAUGGUGAUUGGAAAGGUGAUUGGAUUGUUAAAAUGGAUUCAAAUAUUAAGCAGCAAUGUGCGAUUCGAACUAAUACAUACAGAUCUGUCUACAUUCUGGAUAACUCUGCAGUGUUUCGACAACAUUCCCUUAAUGUUUUAUGGAAUUGUGACAAAACAAUUGCUGUAACAAAAUAGCUAUAAAUAUUAGUCAAUUCGUUUUCAAUCCUUCCAUCAAUGCUUCAGUAUAGAAUAAUAUGCUGUUUUUAAAAUGUUGGUUGCAUUUCAUUUAUAUUUUAUAAACAACUGUUUUUAAUUUCAUUUAUACAGGGAUACAUAACAAACCAUAGGCCUUUAUUGUUUAUGAAUGCUUCGCAGCAAUGUAUUCCGAUUCAUAAAAUGAUUAAUAGCAUAAUUUCAAAUGACAAUACAGUCCAAUCAGGGAAAUCAAAAUGCCGGACUUGAGUGCUUCGAACAUAUCCCAUAAUAAUAAAUAUUUGAAACAAAUAUAAAAAUGACACAUUCUAUUGAUAUUUAUUACGAGCAAAGUUUGACAAUAUUUAUUUUACUAAUUUCUUAAGGAACCAAUGACUUUUUUUCAAAUUUAAAAUUAAUGAUAUUAAUCUCACACUAAAAUUUAUAGAAAUGAAUGAAAACAAUGAAUGUCAUCUUUUUCAAGUUUGAAUCCAACUGUUUAAAAGUUUUGCGUUUUGACGAUCGUUUUGAAGUUCUACAUUCUUCAAAGUUUUUUGUGUUCAUUUUUUUCGACUCUUUUUUUAUACAAAUUUUUUUUGAAUGUGUUUGAGUCAACGAGUCAUUGUCAUGUCCUGGUCAUUAGUCUGAUUAUAUGCUAAUUUAGACGGCAAUGAACCUGGAGUAAAUGAAAAAAAUUACAAUCGUUUGUCAAAAUCCAGGUUGCAAAAUCUUUUAGCGUUUCAGACAGUACUAUCGGCACCGUUUCACAAUCUUCGCUUGGUAUUGUACUCGCCAUCUUUGAAAUAGGAUAGGAUUUACAUAUUUAUCCCGGGGGAGAGGAAA